GUAGUAGUUGGCUCAAAAAGCGUUGGUUUUGAGACAAGUUAUGCGUAUAUCUUAAAAUUCUGGGUCUGAAUUUUCCGAUAAGAUGAUUGCCUGUUUAUAUGGAGCAGCAUUGAAUGAGGCAAUAAUUUGUAAUCAGGUUUGUUAGUGGAUAUAUAUAUCAGCAUGAAUAUUUCAGUGGUUUUAACAUCGUCUUCCAAGUUGCUAGUUUUUGUUGGUUUUUGAUCUGAGUUUUUCCCUGCUGAAAAAGAUCGGAUAUUGUUUUAAAAAAGCUAAGAUAACAAUGGCUGCUCAGGGUUCAACAGUGACAAUAAAACAACCCAAUGAAACAAUUCAACAAACAAAGAUUCAAAGUCGCAUUUUCUAUUCUAAUUUUGGUACCGGAUUCUCUGCUGAUGGUAAUAGAGAUGAAAAUGGUGUUUUAUCAGUAAGUAAUAAAAAAUUGGAAGCUUCUAAGUACCCUGAAUGGUUACCAACAUGGGAUCCCAAGACCUAUCCCAAAUUAGAAAGUUUUGAAUUUGUUGAUAAGGGCUUAUUUGCCGACCCAGAGUAUAAGAAUAUAUUUCCUCCAGAAAAAAGGAAUUCUAUUGAAGUCAAUGAUAUUUCGCCAUUGUUGGGAACAGAAAUCAGAGGCAUUCAACUAUCAGAGUUGGAUGAUUCAGGUAAAAACGACCUUGCAAGAUUGGUGGCGGAAAGAGGAGUAUUGGUAUUUAGAGAUCAGGAUUUGAAAGAUAAAGGAUUGGAGUUUAAUAAGAAAUUGGGAGAAUAUUUUGGACCAUUGCAUAUUCACCAAACAUCUGGAGCACCAAGGGAUUAUCCUGAGUUCCAUAUUGUUUAUAAAAAAUCAGACGAACCAAUAACUAAAUUCCAAUAUAAUGAUAGAUUAUCAGGCAAAAACUGGCAUUCUGAUGUUAGUUAUGAAUUACAUCCACCAGGAAUAACAUUUUUGGUAUUGUUGGAAGGACCCAAGACGGGAGGAGAUACACUAUUUGCUGAUGGAGUUGAGGCAUAUGAACGAUUAUCACCACAUUUUAAAGAAUUUUUAAAGGGGGUAACAUGUUGCCAUUCAGGAUUCACUCAAGCCAAUUUAUCAAAAGAGCAAGGAAGUUACACUAGAAGAGAACCAGUUGCUCAUAAUCAUCCAAUUGUACGAACUCAUCCUGUAACAGGAAAGAAAUCAUUAUAUAUCAGCGGGAAUUUUGUUACUCACAUUAAUGGAUUAAAACUUGAGGAAAGUGAUUUAAUUUUGAACUUUUUAAAGAAUUAUAUCGCCAGUGGUUAUGAUUUUCAAAUCCGUGCCAAAUGGGAAGAAGGAACAGUAGCCAUUUGGGACAACAGACGAGUGAUUCAUGCUGCUACAUUCGACUGGAGAGGCGUUACUGGCAGACAUUUAUUCAGAAUUACGCCCCAGGCUGAGCGUCCAUACGACACAGAUUAAGACAAUUAGAAACAAAAUAAGAAUUUUCUGCGCUAAAACAAAUAAAACAAUAAAAAGCUAAACAGAAAAAGAAAGCAAAGAAAAACAAGAAAAACAAGCAAAAACAGUUCAAAAAAAUGGACAAAAAUGGUGAGACGCAUUGCGUAAAAUCAAAAGCACUGCUCUCAGCCUCUAUAAUUGUUUUUCAAACCGGUUAAAUUACUAUAUAUUUUUAUAUUCAUGACUAUACAUAUUCACACGCACACAUCAUAAAUUUUUUUUGAUCAUCACAACAAAAGGUCUCGAGGCCCUCGAGACCUUGUGAACAGAGCACACCUCCCAGAAU